CAAAUAUCCAUGCUGUACACUUUCUCCAUCUCCAUAUCUUUCUACUUUCCAUUGUUGUCUAUGAACGCCAUUCAUUUCUUCCGUAAAUCCACCAUGAAGGCCCGUUCCAGGGUCCUCAGCCUUAGAAACGCUUCGUUUUUGGGCUUUGCACGUUCUUUCAAUCCUUCUGUUUUUGAACGAAAGCUUUGCUGCAAAAAGAAAGAUUUUCUGUUGAAUUUCAAUCAAGUCACUCAAUCCCACCACGCUUACCCUUUUCGAUUCUUAUGCUUUCAACGCGUUGUCAAUGAUACCCAGAAAUUGCAUUGUUUACCAAGUUCCAGUUUUGUUCAAUCCAGGGCGGUUUCAAGGCCUUACGAUGUCUCCAUUGAAGCCAGGGUAGCUUCGACGGUGAGGGGUCUCUCAACCCGGGGGAACGACAUCGAUGUGACGCCACUUGUUGUAGGAGGAAAUGUUGCUGUCGCUGAAGGUGAAAACAAUGUGAAGAAAAAUGGGGUUUCAGCUAAGAGCGAGGUUGAAAAGGAGGCAUGGAGGUUGUUGAAGGAUGCUGUUGUGACGUAUUGUGGAUCCCCUGUUGGUACAGUGGCUGCCAAUAAUCCUGGUGAUAAGCAGCCUUUGAAUUAUGACCAGGUUUUCAUUCGUGAUUUUGUGCCUUCUGCUUUGGCUUUUUUGCUUAGAGGUGAAGGAGAGAUUGUCGAGAAUUUUCUCCUACAUACCUUGCAGUUGCAGAGUUGGGAGAAAACUGUGGAUUGUUAUAGUCCUGGACAGGGUUUGAUGCCGGCAAGUUUUAAGGUCAGAACCGUACCUCUUGAGGACAAUAAGUUUGAGGAAGUACUAGACCCGGAUUUUGGUGAAUCAGCUAUCGGUCGUGUUGCACCGGUUGACUCUGGAUUGUGGUGGAUUAUAUUGUUGAGAGCAUAUGGGAAGAUCACCGGUGACUAUUCAUUGCAAGAGAGGGUGGAUGUUCAAACAGGAAUAAGACUGAUCCUCAACUUGUGUUUAGCCGAUGGAUUCGAUAUGUUUCCUUCUCUGUUAGUCACCGAUGGAUCCUGCAUGAUAGACCGAAGGAUGGGUAUUCAUGGUCAUCCCCUCGAGAUCCAAGCAUUGUUUUGUUCUGCUCUACGUUGCUCUCGUGAGAUUCUUACAGCAAAUGGAAGUUCCAAGAAUUUGGUGAGUGCCAUCAACAAUAGACUGAGUGCACUAUCGUUCCACGUCAGAGAAUACUAUUGGGUUGACAUGAAAAAGGUCAACGAGAUUUAUCGUUACAAAACCGAAGAGUAUUCCAUGGAUGCUACUAACAAGUUCAAUAUUUACCCUGAGCAAAUUCCUUCAUGGCUUAUGGAUUGGAUACCUGAAAAAGGUGGUUAUCUACUCGGCAAUCUACAGCCAGCUCACAUGGAUUUUAGGUUCUUCACACUCGGGAACCUCUGGUCCAUUGUCUCAUCGCUGGGCACUCCGAAACAGAACGAAGCUAUAUUGAACUUAAUCGAAGCCAAAUGGGAUGAUAUUGCAGGGCAAAUGCCUUUCAAGAUAUGCUACCCUGCUUUGGAGAAUGAGGAGUGGCGCAUAAUUACCGGCAGUGACCCGAAAAAUACGCCAUGGUCCUAUCAUAACGGCGGAUCUUGGCCAACACUUCUUUGGCAGUUUACUUUGGCAUGCAUCAAGAUGGGAAGAUUAGAACUAGCUCAAAAAGCAGUUUCUUUGGCCGAGAAGAGGCUCUCAAUCGACCGAUGGCCUGAAUAUUACGACACUCGUAGGGGGAAGUUCAUUGGGAAACAAUCUCGUCUUUAUCAAACAUGGACAAUCGCUGGUUUCUUGACGUCCAAAAUGAUGGUGGAGAAUCCGCAGAUGGCUUCCUUGUUAUACUGGGAGGAAGACUACGAGCUUCUCGAUAUCUGCGUUUGCGCACUUAACAAAAGCGGCCGGAAGAACUGUUCUCGGGGCGCUGCUAAAUCCCAGAUACUUGUCUAAUUGAAACACCAUUGUUUGGUAGGCGGAGAUCCUUUCAAUUGUACAGCCACAAUUUUAGGAUAGUGAGAGUUAACAUAUCCAUGUAGUAUUCUAUUUCUGGAUCAAUCUCUCAAACCUGAAACAUAUUGGAUUUCAGAAGGCAGAAUAUUCACUUUUGUUCCCUUUGUCGGUUUAUGUAUAAGCAAAAUAAUCUAUAGCAUGUUUUGUUUUGGCCA